AACAAACAAAGGAAAAAUGUUGCCUCUUCCUGCAGGUGCUGGCCAGAACCCUGUCCGGCAGGCGAGCGUUGCUGCAGGGAUCCCUUACUCUGUGCCUGCCUGGAGCUGCCAGAUGAUCUGUGGGUCUGGCUUGAAGGCAGUAUGUCUGGCUGCCCAGUCCAUCCUGACAGGAGACUCCAGCGUCGUGGUGGCAGGAGGCAUGGAAAGCAUGAGCAAGGCUCCUCACGUCAUUCACAUGCGAGCUGGGGUGAAAAUGGGAGAGGCUUCCUUGCAGGACACCAUAAUCCUUGAUGGCCUUACAGAUGCUUUUUAUCAGUAUCAUAUGGGUAUAACAGCUGAAAACGUAGCCAAUCAGUGGCAAGUCAGCAGAGCGGAGCAAGACCAACUUGCUGUACAGUCACAAAACAGGGCAGAAGCAGCACAGAAAGCUGGCUAUUUUACAAAAGAAAUUGUACCUGUUCUUGUACCUUCUAAAAAAGGUCCUAUAGAAGUUAAAACAGAUGAACACCCUCGACAUGGGAGCAACUUGGAGGCGAUGGCGAAGUUAAAGCCCUGUUUCCUGACAGAUGGAACUGGGACAGUAACAGCUGCUAAUGCUUCAGGUAUAAAUGAUGGAGCUGCAGCUGUAAUUCUAAUGAAGAAAUCAGAAGCUGCUAGGAGAGGGCUUAUGCCUUUGGCUCGGAUUGUAUCUUGGGCACAGACCGGUAUAGAUCCGUCUAUAAUGGGAGUAGGGCCCAUUUCGGCAAUAAAGAAAGCUAUUGACAAAGCCAGCUGGACUCUGGAACAAGUUGACCUGUUUGAAAUUAAUGAAGCCUUUGCAUCAUUAUCUGUUGCAAUAGCAAAAGAACUGAAAGUAAAUCCAGACAAGAUUAAUAUCCAAGGUGGAGCUAUUGCUCUCGGCCACCCUCUGGGCGCCUCGGGUUGUCGCAUCCUUGUGACUCUGCUGCAUGCACUGGAGCGAACAGGUGGAAAACGUGGGGUGGCUGCUCUCUGCAUAGGAGGAGGAAUGGGAAUUGCCAUGUGUGUUGAGAGAUAACACAAAUGAAUUUGGGACAACUAGCUUUGAAAACAUUUUACUAAUAAACUUCUAAUCAUGAAGCUUACAUUUGUACUGCCUAAAAUUUAAUAAGCUUA